GCCACUGACACUGCUCACCAGAAACAAAAUUUCUGAGAAAAAAAUAAAAUAAAAAAAUCCAAAUCUCCAACUCAAGAGAAAUUUUAUUAUAGAAUGUCUCCCAGCAAACCCCAAAUUAACAGCAAAACUGAUCUUUUCAAUAAACUGAGUUUUGCUAGUUAAAACACAUUUAAAAAAAACCCAGUUGCAACACUAGUUAAACUUCCCCUUGUUGCUAAUUGUACUAUGUCAGCUGAUUCUUAUCACUUUCAUAGAGAAGCUGGUGAUUUAGCUUUCUAAUAAGAGGACUUGCAUGUUACUCCUCCCUGUCUUCACUAGGGGUUUUGAAAAUCAGCAGAAGUUCUUAAUAUAUAAAUGAACAGCUAAAAAAAUCCUCACAAAUGAUGGGUGCAGCUUCAGCUGAUUUACUGACCAUUAUUCCAUACAAGGAGGACUUUUGGAGUAACCUACCUAACCUGGCCAUAAAUGCCUCAGAAAUUCAAAACAAUGCCACUUGUUCCUUAGAUGACAACUCACUGUCACUUGCUUUGAUAGUUUUUUACUCUAUUAUUUUUGUCGUUGGAUUGGUUGGAAAUAUUAUAGCCCUGUUUGCUUUCCUGUGCAUUCAUCAGAAAAGGAAUUCUAUCCAAGUUUACUUGCUAAAUGUAGCCAUUGCAGACCUUCUGCUGAUCUUCUGUCUUCCCUUCCGAAUACUCUAUCAUGUUACCAAAAACACCUGGCUGUUUGGACUGAUUUUAUGCAAGAUUGUAGGAACUCUAUUUUAUAUGAACAUGUACAUUAGCAUAGUACUGUUGGGACUAAUCAGUCUAGAUCGUUAUGUAAAAAUAAAUAAGUCUGUGAAGCGCCCUAAAAUGUUAACUACUAGACGAAGUAUACAUAUCUGUUGUACGGUGUGGGCAAUCGCACUAACAGGAUUUACAAUAGUAGUUGCACCAUCUUUCUUUAAGAGUGAGAACAGCAAUUCUACCAUGUGCUUUCAUUACCGAAAUAAACACAAUGCAAAGACAGAAGCAAUUUUAAAUUAUGUUAUUGUAAUCAUUUUUUGGAUAGUUUUUUUCCUUUUGAUACUUUCGUAUGUUAAAAUUGCUAAGAACCUCCUGAAAAUUUCGAGGAAAAGAGCAAAUUUUCCCAAUGCUGGAAAAUACACCCAGACAGCAAGGAACUCCUUCAUUGUGCUCAUUAUUUUCACCAUCUGUUUUGUUCCUUACCACAUAUUCCGGUUUGUCUACAUUACAUCACAGUUACAAAAUCCAUCUUGUCAUUGGAAGGAAAUCAUUCACAAAUGCAAUGAGGUGAUGCUCAUAUUCUCAUCUUUUAACAGCUGCUUAGACCCAGUUAUGUAUUUCCUAAUGUCCAGAAGUGUCCGUAAGACUGUAUUCCAACUUAUCUGCAGAAGACUUCAUGGAGAUUCAGGCCUAGCACUGGAAAGUACUUCAGAAAUAAAACUUGGACAAUAUACACAAGAGCGAUUUUCUACUACCACUCCCCACUCAAGUUCUUUAAAGAAGAAAUCUCUGAUUUGAUUGUUUAAAGGAAUGGAUAAUAACUUUUCUCUGUUGCUUCAGGAUUUGUAUCAAUUCAUCAUCACAUCAAUUUAAGAUUACCAAAUGCUAUACUGUACAGCUACUAAUCCUGCCUCUUUCUUCCUGGUAAAAAAAAAACGAGAAGUCUUACUUCUGUUUGUGAAAAUAAGAAGUUGCUUUUCAGAAGUACUUCACUCUUGUUUAUCCAAGAAAACAAAAUAGGAAGUUCUCAGACAUCUUCUGUUGGACUAAACUAGAACACUAACUCUUUAAGGAAAUUUCCAUGAAGUGGAUUGAACACGUAUAAAGAAUCUUGUAUAUAGACAUUAAUAUAACAAACUUCUGUAUGUAAAUAAUGAAUUUUGUAAAAAAUAAUGUGUCCUAUUCAAAAGAGCUAUAUAAAUCAUUACAGAUUUUAUGUACUUCUCUGUUUUAAUAGGUUUCAAAUACAUCAGCUUUUUAACUACAUUUAUAGAAGUAUUUUUUCCAAGAAAAUAUUUGACAGCUCAGUAACACACAUGGUUUGAAAAUGAGGAAGAAUAUAACUGACAUUAAUUCAGUUAUAAUUACAGAAGAUACACUUAAUUUUAUUAAAUAGCAAGCAUUUUAUCCCAAGAACAACUUAAAGGCUAGAAAGGUGAACCAAUUAAAUACUAAGUGUUAAGCUCCAUAAAAUAAGGAUUUAUUAUCCUGAACACAUACAAGCAGUGUUGCUCAAGUAAGCUGAUGUAAAGAAGUCAGUUUUAAUAUUACUACCAGUAACUUCUCUGACGGAUCAUGUCACUUUUUAUGCCAAACCUCUGACAAAAUUUGUGGAUUUUUACUAAUUCUGUACAAUAUUCUGGUUUUACAAAAGUUACUCAUAAAACUCACACUGAGCAAAGUAAACAUAACACUUCUGCUAUAUAAACUUGGCUUAAUUUUCAUGUGAUUUUACUUCAUUCAGUUUUGGUGAAAUUGGGUAUAAACAUGUGAAACGAAUUACAAUGACCAGCCAGUGGGGUUUUUUUUGUUGGUUUUUUAAACAAAAAAAGGGUAGGAUUUCUUAAUGUUCAAGAGAGAGAUGCCUAUGAGCAUGUACUUUUUAUAUAAGUACAAUGGUAACUGGAUUUUUUUUGGCAAGUAAGAUAUUUGUACGAUGAUUUCUGAUUGAUUCUCACAAUAAUUGCAUUGUAUUUUUUUCAUGAUCUUUAUCAUCUUAUCAUCUUUUUUCAUGUAUGCUGAAGAACUGUUUUGGCUCUGUAAUUGUAAAGUGCAUGGAAUAGCAUGUUGCUCAUCCUUUGCAAUUCUGCUAUGCAGUAUAGUAGUUCUACAUAGUUACAUCAACUCUGGGAAAUCUAGUGGAGCUUAUAAACCAUCAUUUCACAAGA